CCCGAUGGCCCGGUCACUGGUUUGCAUCUUUCCACAGGACAUGAGUGCUAAUUCCUUAGAAGCCCUGUCGGAUAAAGCUACUACUGCAUCAAAUCAGUCAAUAAAUCAGUCUCGCUCGCCCCUUCAUAGCAGCCCUCUCGCACUUUCAAGCCAUAGACAUCAUGACGGCGUAACAAGACGACGUGUAACGAAGAUUCCGCCUUGGAUGAACGAAGCUCAACACAUCAAUGAGUUCAGCAACUCCCAAAAACUCGGACGUACCACCAACUCUGCAGGGUCUCCAACGCGGGUGGCAAUACCAUUUGCGCACGUUAACAAGAAACGAACUACGGUUGCUCAACGUAGUAAUACCGCUGGACCAUCGCAUAGAAUUGGCGAAUACAGACUGUCCUGUUUCACAGACGACGUGCGUGACUACGAUGCAAAGAAAGAUGUAUUUUGCCAAACCGUCCCUGUCGAGUGCGGACAUUCUCUCAGCCCCCCAAUUGCUGUUCUAUCUCAAUCAGACUCGAGCUCUUUCUCUGAGCCUGACGAGCUUUCUUCGCCUCCACCGACAGGGGGAGCCUGGUCGCCCCAAAUAUUUCUCUCGUCGCGAAGAUCAAGGCCAAGUAGUGCUCCACAAGCCUCGUGGUGGAAUAGUUUCAUCAACUCAAAUUCGUCACUCGGUCAAUAACUCCAAGAUUUUCCCGAGUAACCCAAUAGCUCCACCUCGCAUCUUAGUGCCGCGUACUCCGUCCCCAUAAUGGCUGCUGACAAAUCACUGCCUUAGGACGUGCGUAAGAAUUCAUGAAACUGCACUAACGGAGCCGCAGCCCACCAAAGCAUGAACCAAAACAUAGAAAUGUCCGAUCGCAAUGUGUUACAUAAUGAUACAGUCAUGAUGUCGCAACUGGAUGCCUCAAGAUCUUGGAUUAUGAAAUGAG